AUGGGGCACCAUUAUUGCUGCAAACAACGAAAGGUUAAGAAAGGCCUUUGGUCCCCUGAGGAAGAUGAAAAGCUCAUUAGAUACAUCACCACAUAUGGCCAUUGCUGCUGGAGAAAAGUCCCUGAGCAAGCUGGGCUUCAAAGGUGUGGCAAGAGCUGUCGCUUGAGAUGGCUCAAUUACUUGAGGCCUGAUAUCAAAAGAGGAGGGUUUACACCAGAGGAGGAGAAAUUGAUUAUUAGACUUCAUGGUGUUGUAGGAAACAGAUGGGCGCAUAUAGCAAAAUGUCUGCCUGGAAGAACUGACAACGAGAUAAAGAACUACUGGAAUUCAUGGAUUAAAAAGAAGCUAGAGAAGCCUUCUUCACCACCAACCACAUCUCCUCCUACUAUCGAUCAUCACCAGCAGCACAAUUACCAAAUGGUUUGUAAUUUCCCAAACCAUCAAGAUUUUGUGAACCAAAAUUUCAUGACAAAGCCUAGGGAUCAAACCCUAUACCCUUCUCCCUUCCCCCCAUUCAUGUUCGACGCUGCUUCAGCGGAUGACAUUCAGGCAAACAAUAUCAAUGCACAAGCAGCUGAGCACUUUCCUAUCGGUGUUUCGAAUUCGAGAAAUGGAACGUGGAUUUUGGAUCAACCGCAGCAUCAUCAUCAAGUCCAAGCCCUUCCCUCUUCUACGUCACCAUUUACAAACAUUAAUAUGGAUGCACAUUUUCUGCCUGCCCUCGUAGGACCAACCAUUGGAAACAAUAACAUGGUUCCUAUCGAAGUGGAAUCAUGUAACAAUAUUGAUGAGGAAGGAAAGAUUUCAAUGGAGUGCUUGCAGAGUUCAACUCAGGAGCUGAAUGCAUUGGUUCGCCCUCGCCAGGCUCAACAUUGUUCAUCAAGCAGCUUCCAUUUUUGGGACAGUGUUGAAGCACCAUCUUCAUCUAACAUGAGUUCAGCUAACAUAUUGUCUUCUUUUCCAUCAUAUCUAUAA